AUGGCCAGCAAAGACGAGUACAAGUCCGAGUACUCGGAGGAGUUGACCAACUUCAUCGAGACUCCUGCCGCUCCUGCUACUGCUCCUGAGAGCACCCAGUUUGGUGUUCGCAGCACUGCUUACCCAGCUAUCAAGAACGCUCCCCUCCCCGCCGACGCAGCUGGUAGCGAGUCGUUCAACAACUAUGUCCUCUUCGCUCUCCUCGGCGGUAUCCCCGGCUACAUGGCCUACAAGGUCGGUGGUGGUCUCAAGACCUGGAUCUUCUUUGGUAUCCUGACUGCCAUCCCCAUCUUGAUGGUCUUCUGGACCAUUGCCUCCGGCUACACUCCCCGCAAGAACGAGAAGGCUCGCUACCCUGGUGCCCCUGUUGAGCACUACCUCAAGUUCCACAAGGAGGCCGACCGCGCCAAGUACCACGGCCGCAGCAAGAUUCCCAUGGAGACUUUCCAUGAGAAGUACUUUGACGGCGAUGUCGACUUCAACGGCGACGCUCUCGAGGUCAUGGAGUACCGUCACGACUGGGCCAACUUCCGCUUCACUCUGUCUCUCUUCUGGUUCUUCCUUACUGGCAUGAUGCCCGAGGUUAUCAUGCACACUCGUUCGCAGGACGAGGAGCAAGUCCGCGACCACUACGACCGCGGUGACGACUUCUACUCUUGGUUCCUUGGCCCUCGCAUGAUCUACACUUCUGGUAUCAUCUCCGACAUCAACAAGGAAGAGUCCCUUGAGCAAUUGCAGGACAACAAGCUGGCCAUUGUCUGCCAGAAGAUCGGUCUCCAGGCUGGUGACCGCAUGCUCGAUCUCGGCUGCGGUUGGGGUACUCUUGCCAAGUUCGCUUCUGCCCAUUACGGUGCUCAGGUUACUGGUAUUACUCUUGGUCGCAACCAGACUGCCUGGGGCAACAGCGGUCUCCGCAAGCUCGGUGUUCCCGAGGAGCAGAGCCGUAUCUUGUGCAUGGACUACCGCGACACUCCCGUCCCUAAGGGCAAGUACAACAAGAUCACCUGUCUCGAAAUGUCCGAGCACGUCGGUGUUCGUCACUUCUCUACUUUCCUGAGCCAGAUCCACGACAUGCUCGACGAUGACGGUGUCUUCUUCAUGCAAUACGCUGGUAUCCGCAAGCCUUGGCAAUACGAGGAUCUCAUCUGGGGUCUUUUCAUGAACAAGUACAUCUUCCCUGGUGCUGAUGCCUCUACUCCCCUCGGCUGGACCGUCGACAAGCUUGAGGGUGCUGGUUUCGAGAUCAAGAGCAUUGACACCAUUGGUGUUCACUACAGCGCUACUCUCUGGCGCUGGUACCGCAACUGGAUGGGCAACCGCGAAAAGGUCGAGGCCAAGUACGGCAAGCGCUGGUUCAGAAUCUGGGAAUACUUCCUCGCCUACUCCACCAUCAUCUCCCGUCAAGGUUCCGCCACUUGCUACCAGAUCACCAUGGUCAAGAACAUCAACUCGACCCACCGUAUUGAGGGUAUCAACACUCAAUUCGGUCUUUCUGGCGCUCUCGAGGCUGCCAAGAAUGUUGCAAAGGCUGCCUUCCCCACCGCCAAGGCAUAA